AGAAUAAAAAUGUCAAAAACAACUCAUUACAGAAUAAAACAUACGAACCCGGCGCGUAGCGCCGGAAUACCACUAGUUUAUUAUUAAACAAGUGUUUAAGAGAUUCUAAUGAGUCUCUAGGGAUAAUGGUGCUCUAAUACACGAUAGUAAUCUUGUUAAGGAUAAAAAUUCAACUAAAAAGGAAACUUGAAAAACAUAACAAAAUCUAGAAAGACAUUAGCAUUAACCACCAGUAUAAAACUAGCACGUAUGUACGUGUGUAACCCAUUAUGAAUGAUCUUUACUCAUAGUUAGCAGCAACCAUUAGUUGGAGGCCGCCACUGGUUAACACGUACCGGGUGGUUACUCACCAUACUUUCCUAACAAAAAUGAAAGACAUAUUUACACAUCUAAUUAACUCAUAAAAUUUUAUAAUAUAAACAAAUAGUGGAGGAAAAACAAAUGAAUGUGGUAGGUGGAGGAUCUGACGGAAUAGCCCUGAAAGACACGUUAAGACUUUCUUUUGGAAAAAUCCAUCUCCUACUCUCCCACUUACUAUAUAAUCUCCUCCGUCUCCCACCUCUGCCUCUCAGCUUGCAAGUUCUCUUAUCAACAAUAGAACUCCAAGCUUGUACCCACUUCAAAUACGCAGUCAUUUUAUUUGUUCUUUCUUAUCAACAAUAAAAGCAGUAGCAUUUUAUUUUCCCCACUCAAAUCAUGCAAACUGUUUCGCCUGCGUUCUCGUGUGAUCUCAAAUCCCUAAUCCAAACGAAUCUAACGGCUAAAAACGCGCGUUAUUGUCACCUAAAUGGAAAGCGCGUGUCUGUUCUUUGUAGUUACAAGUCUGAAUCGUUUAGCUUCCCUAAUGGUAUUGGCUCGAGCCGAGCUGAUUGGCAGAGCUCAUGCGCUAUCUUAGCCAGCAAAGUAGCUUCCGCUGAGAACUCCAGCUCAAUCACUGGUUUAGCUGAUCAAGUAGCCGCCGUUAACGGACACAGUAACGGCUCCGUUAAUCUCAGCCUCGUUCCGUCAGACACGAAGAACGGAAAGCCUGGAUUGGUUCAACCGUUGACGAAUACAGAUCUCUCGCCGGCGCCGUCUCAUGGAUCCACCCUCCGCGUAGCGUACCAGGGAGUUCCCGGCGCGUACUCCGAAGCUGCCGCCGGAAAAGCUUACCCUAACUCUGAAGCUAUUCCGUGUGACCAAUUCGACGUCGCGUUUCAGGCGGUGGAGCUCUGGAUCGCCGAUCGUGCCGUCCUCCCGGUGGAGAAUUCUCUCGGAGGUUCGAUUCAUAGAAACUACGAUCUCCUCCUCCGUCACCGUCUCCACAUCGUCGGCGAGGUUCAGAUCCCGGUCCACCACUGCCUCCUCGCUCUCCCCGGAGUCCGUCCAGACUGCAUCACGCGCGUGAUUUCGCAUCCCCAGGCUCUGGCUCAAACCGAAGGAUCGCUCAACAAACUCACUCCCAGAGCCGCGAUCGAGGCGUUUCAUGACACGGCCGCGGCGGCGGAGUACAUCGCAUCGAACAACCUCCACGACAUGGCGGCCGUGGCCAGCGCGAGAGCAGCGGAGCUCUACGGGCUCCAGAUUCUCGCCGACGGGAUCCAAGACGACGCGGGGAACGUCACGCGCUUCCUGAUGCUCGCGCGUGAUCCGAUCAUCCCUCGCACGGAUCGUCCCUUCAAAACCAGCAUCGUCUUCGCCGCUCAGGAGCACCAGGGAACCAGCGUCCUCUUCAAAGUGCUCUCCGCGUUUGCGUUUCGGAACAUCAGUCUGACGAAAAUCGAAUCGCGGCCGCACCACAACUGCCCGCUCAGAGUCGUCGACGACGGAAGCGUGGGAACAAAGAAACACUUCGAGUACACAUUCUACGUCGAUUUCGAGGCGUCGAUGGCGGAGGCGCGUGCGCAAAACGCGCUAGCGGAGGUACAAGAGUACACGUCAUUCCUGAGGGUGCUGGGAAGUUACCCAAUGGAUAUGACGCCGUGGUCCACGUUGCCUAGCGAAGACGCAUGACCGUAUAUUUGUCCAAAUUAUAAUAACAACAUAUUGAUAAAGAUAAUAUCGUAUUUUAUGUGUAACGAUACUGGAAAUCAAAGUAGAAAUUUAGAGCUCGUUUUGCAUAUAAAAGUAGGAGAAUAAAUCUUAUUUUAUUUCUCCUAUUUGUUGUAUUAAGCUACUUUUGAAACCAAGACCGGUUUGUAGUUGGGCUCUGAUGAUCAAAAUCAAAUGAAGAACUUUUUAUGUCAA